CAGACCUGCCUGACCUGCACCGCCUCCUUCUGCUCCGAGCACCUGCGGCCGCACCAGGACAGCCCUGCCUUCCGCGACCACCAGCUCUGCCCGCCCCUGCGCGACCUGCAGCAGCGCAAGUGCCCGCAGCACAACAAGCUCUUCGAGUUCUUCUGCAGCCAGCACAGCAGCUGCAUCUGCUCCCUCUGCCUCCUCGAGCACAAGCUGUGUCACACCAGCCCCCUGCAGGUGGCCAAAGCCAACGCCGAGUCGGCGCUGAAGAAGAGACUGAUGGAGCUGCAUAACCAGAUUGAGAAAGCUGCUCGAGCGAUGAGCACUGUGAAAACAAACCAAAGCCAAACUGCUGAGACAGCUUCCAGAAAGAAAGAUUUGAUCAGAAGUGAGUUUUCAGAAAUUAAAGCUUUAAUUGAAGAAAGAGAAAAUCAGUCCUUAAAAGUAAUUGCAGAUGAAGAAAAAAGAGUGUCCAAUAAGUUUGAUUAUGUUUACGGUGUUCUGGGAAGUAAGAAGAAUGAAAUACAAUCUCUCAGAGAUCAGAUUGAGAUGGCACUGACUGAAAGCGAUGACAUUCUGUUUUUGAAGAGGGCAGCAGCGCUGCAACGGAUGUCAGCAAAAGACGCUUUCAUCCCUGUAAUUGAAAUGAACCAAAACUUGAUACAUUCCACUUACGAGUCUGCCAUUAACCUUAAAGACACGGUGAAACUUUCAGUGACUCAGUGGAGGGAGAAAAGACCAGAAGUAAAAGUACCAGCUGGGAAAACUAAGCCCCUUCCAGUGGCUUCUGCAAACAAAACCUUUGUUGGAAAAAAGCUUCCAGCACCACAUCAUACCCACAAAGACAAAAUCCUUCCCCAGAUUCAAGCCACUUCCCCAGUGGAGGCAGAUACCAAGGAGAAAAAGAAACCUAUUAAAGUCGCACCAACCACAGGAACAGUAAAUGCUGCAGCUGCCCCUUCAACUAAAGAGCUUAAAGAGCUUAUUGACAGCUUUCUGAAGAAAUCCAGAGAGGAGCUUUUGCAGUAUGCUGCUAACAUCACGCUGGAUUACAACACAGCUCAUAACAAAGUGAUUCUGUCUGAGAGGUAUACCAAGAUGUCUGUCUCAGACACCCCCCUGAAUUAUAACCACCACCCUCAGCGCUUCACCGAUUGUUCCCAAGUACUGGGGUUCCAGUGCUUCAAGAGAGGCAUCCACUACUGGGAAGUGGAACUGCAACAGAACAACUUCUGCGGCAUUGGCAUCUGCUAUGGCAGCAUGGACCGGCAGGGGCCAGAGAGCCGCCUGGGGAGGAACAGCAGUUCUUGGUGUAUUGAGUGGUUUAAUUCCAAAAUAUCAUCCUGGCAUAAUGAUGUUGAAAAGUGCUUACCCAAUGUGAAGGCUACCAAGAUUGGUGUGCUGCUCCACUGCGAGGGAGGGUUUGUGAUUUUCACAGCUGUUGGGGAGAAGCAUAACUUGAUCUAUAAAUUCAAAACCCAGUUUACUGAAGCCCUGUACCCUGCCUUCUGGUUAUUUUCCAGUGGCACUGUUCUCUCUCUCUGCCAAAUGAAACAGUAAGGUCUCGUAUCUUAAUUUAGUUCAGCUAAGUACUUACAUGCAGAUAAUCAGUCCUGCAGCAGCUCUUUGUAUGUCUUAGUCUAAGCAGUCGUGAAGAUUGUUUGCUUGAGACAAAAAUUAUUAGUUCUUUUAAGCAGUUUGGGAAAUCUGCCGAUUCUUUGGUCUGAAUUGCUGAAGCCUUUACAUAGUGAUUUAGUAAAACAUUGAUAAUAGCAAAAACUAUGAUGAAAGGUUUUGCAAAGACCUUGUUUGUCCUUCUAAAAGCAAAGUUAAGAUAUGAACCGUUGUUAAAUGUCUUCAAUAGCGACUGUGGCUUCUGUGGUUUGCUGUAAAGGAUCCGCAGAGUUGAUUUUUAGGUCUAAAUGUGUUUCACAAGUAGCAAUAACCCCACUGAGAAAGAAACAGGAAGAAUUCCUUGGCAAAUUCAGGUUCCAGGCUUUGAGGUAGGUCUCGGUGUUGUGUUUUUCUCUAUUCACAGACUGUUUUCUGUAGUCAGGAUUUGCAAUAUAUGUGUUCUCAGUGUUUGGUGCCAUGAGAUGGCACAGAAUGAACUAUUAAAAUCAGGAAGUUCAGGACUUAGAACACAAAGUUACAAAAGCCAGUGUGACAAAUCUCAUCAGAAGGGAAAUGCAGAGACUUUGAGAGUCGAUGGAUAAGAAAUGGUGUCAGAAUCACCAGGAAAUAAAUUACAUCAAUUCAGAGACUGGGAAUAUGCCAGAGUGUCUUCAGGAAGACAUCCUGCAGGGCAGUAGUGUGCACCCGGUAAUAAUACAGUUUGUGGGAUGAAGCAUUCUGUCUCAUGUUCUGACCCAGAACGUGCUUCAUAUCUUCACACUGAUGGCUCUUCAGUGGGUUUUUUUGUGUACUGAGGACUUUAGGGAGUACAUUUUUGGCUUGCAUGGGGAGCAUAAAUGCGCUGUUCACUUAAAGCAGGGUCUGCUGUCAUAAAGCUUUUCCUCUUUGUGAGGCAGGAUAUUCUCUGCUGGUGUAUCUUUAGUUUUCAGGUGGUAGAAACUGGAUCUCCUGUAUGUUAUUGGGAUUCUGAUUUGAGGAGUCCCGAGACGGUGUACACAGUACAUAGAAAAUGCUGCUUCCUCUCUGUGUGAAGCCUGCAGGCAGGCAGGCGAGACUUCUGAAACAUACAGGGAAUUAGCACAGAGGAGAAUAUACUCCCAUUCCUACUGAAAUGGAUUUUUAGUUCUCCUGGUGUUCUCUGCUUUGGGUUGUGGUAUGUCUUCAGACGUCCUCGCCAUGUACAGAGGAAUCUGCACUUCUGCAUUUCUUUCUUACAACUUUAAAACAAUCAGUAGGCAAUCAAGGUAUUUGGAUCUCAUAGUUAUUGGGCCUGUAUCUUGUUGAUGCCUCUGGACUUACCAUGCUAGCUCUUGUAGUAGCCUAUGGAGAACCAGGAAGCUCGCAUGAGAGGCUUCCUGGACUUUGAUUUGUAACAUUCUCUCUUAUGGGACUCUGUGAAAUAAACCACAAAGCUACUGCUGGCAGUUUAGAUGGGAAUUGUUGGAAGGCUCAAAGGAACCUCUGUGACUACAUUUCACAUCAGCCAAAGUGCUUUAGAGAGAGACUUGCAGGAAUUCAGACUUGGUGUCUUUACUUUUACCUGGUUUGUAAACUCAGUACUUUGUCAAGGAUAGCGUAAGUCUGAUAAGACUCUUCCAUUUCUUUGGCUGGAAUAGGAUAUGGAAUCAAUGGUGGACCUAAAAGUGCCAUGGCUGUCUCUGGAGUAGUUGUAUUAUCUCAAGAGUCUCAGCUUUCCAAAGCACAGUCAGCACUAAAACUACUAAUUCAAAAGGUGCUGAG